GAAAAGUUCGAGGAACUUAUGCUCCGAGACAAUAAAAGGUACUACAGAUUAUUCUGGCAAACGCAAUACCACUUUUGGAUCGAUGGUUGGGAAUCUGACCAAUCCUAUUCUUCUUCAUUUUCCAACUUGCCGAAAUAUAUGUUCCAAGUGCUGUUUUAUGGUGACGGUCAGGCGACACAUCUAAUAGGUUCCUACCUGGUCACACCAUUCCUGCCAAAUACAAGUGCAACAACAGAGGGCCAGGACGUCAGACAUUUUACAAAGACGUAUGAUAACACAGGAGCUAUACUGACCUUAGAUUACGAGGUGUUUCGAAGAUUGUGUACACCACAACCCGAACAGCAUCGUGUGUGUAAUCAAGAUGGCCGCCUGGUUUGUGAGACGGACCACUACGGACCAAACUGUGACAAGAUCUGUGUACCUAACCACCACGGAACCUGUGACAAGCUUGGGCAUUUGAUAUGUAAUAACAGCUACUACGGACCCAAGUGUGAUGUACACUGCGUGCCUACCGGACAGAAUACAUGUGACAAUAACGGAAAACUACGAUGUCAACCGAACUAUUACGGAACACAGUGUGAUGUUCAUUGCGUAUCAACUAUACACGGAAGAUGUGACCCACACGGAAAGCUACGAUGCUUUAACUACUAUUACGGUCCUAGAUGUAACUUACACUGUGAGGCUACAGGGUAUACGGGACAAAACUGUGGCCAGAAUAUUGAUGAAUGUAUGAACAUCACGUGCUUUAACGGCGGAAGUUGUAUUGACAGAAUGAAUGCCUACACAUGCGUGUGUUCUAGCGGUUAUUCUGGACCUCACUGUGAAGUUGACAUAGAAAAGUGCAGAAGUAACCCAUGUCACAACAACGGAACAUGUGUCAACCAUAACGGUGAUUUCUUCUGUGCAUGCGCAAAUGGAUGGACCGGAAGUGCUUGUGAUGUUAAUAUAGAUGAUUGCAUAAAUGUUAUGUGCAUGAACAAUGGCACAUGUGUGGAUCGGGUAGGGUCAUUUGAAUGUCAAUGUGAAGCAAGUUACACGGGUGAUUUAUGCAAUACAAAGAUAUACGACCCCUGUGCGUCCUCUCCAUGUAACAAUGGCAGACGUUGCCAGACGUCACAAGGACGAUAUAUUUGCUCCUGCCCAGAUGGCUUCGUGGGACCUUUAUGCGGUUCUGUUCCUCAGUUUUUAACAUCCGACGCGCCAGUUUUUUCAACCUCAAUUUUAUCCAACCACUACAGUUCUGAUACUUUGCAGCUGCAUUCAUCGCAUGCGUCAACAAUAGACCUCUUUCUGACAGCUUCGUCAGAAACAAGUUACAACGAACGAAAAUUCACUCCAACUUUAGAAAAAGGUCCAUUCAGUACAUCUACACACACUGUGUCAGCAAAGAUUUACCCUGAUUCUAUUUUCGUUUCUCAAAAACAAUCGACAAAUAAUAUAGUGUCAUCUUUUAGUCACAAUAUUCUUCCGACACGCACCACUGGUUCAUUUGGAAAAAUGACAGACACUAUACCUGAAACAUUUACGAUUAGAAGCGCAACGGCGUAUCCAUCUUCUACAAAUGGUGUUGUGACCAGUAGCCAUAAUGCUAUUCGUACUAAGGUAGUUAAUAUAGUUCCAACGAAGAGUUUAAUAACACCGGUCACAACAACAGAUGGUACGACCUAUACAUCUAUUCAGUUGAACUUUGAUGGAAUCAUCGACCAAACCUCACUUCCAAAAGUUUACAAUGCACUGACGACAAUAUUGUCUUCGAAAUUGUGUUCUGGUUCAAAGGUCCAUUUGAAAGAACAGCGGAGGACAGAACAAAGGGAUAAAGGGAAAAAGCAAUCGACCUUGACACUGUCUGUCUCGUGCGUUGGAAAAUCCCUCAACACGAGAGAUAUCUAUGAGGAGGUGUACAAAGCUCCGGAUACCACUUUCCCUCUCCCGCUUAUUAACACCAACCAUCACACUACCAACCCACCAUCAGAGGAAUCAGAUAACUGGCUGGAAAACAACUGGAAAAUCCUACUAGUUGCGUCUAUGGGUGUGACUGUGAUCAUGAUCAUCAUUGUCGGUAUACAGCUCGCAAAACGGUCCAAACGACGGUACGUGAUGGGGCCGCAGGAUUUCAGAGAAGCAAGUGACAAUGUACACAUUAACCCAUUGUAUAUGGAAUCGGAACAUGUUGUCAAAUUACAUGAAUUUGAAUACGACGCGUGAUAGAUUACAACAAACUACAUAUCUAACCCUGAACAAAAUGCAGUUUUGCUUAAAAGAAUAACACUCACGAAAUUAAUAUAUUGUCAAAAUGAAAAAAAAAUAACGCAGUGUAGAAGAACUUUAAACAGAGAUUUUGUUUCAGGAGGAUAAGAACAGAAUUUGACAAUAUGAUAGAAAUUCUAGAGGUUUCGUUCGCUUACGUUCUCUUCACCGAUCGAAUAAGUCACUACAUAACUGAACCAUGUUACGCACUAUUUAAGUAGAGUAAUUUGUAUCAUUCAGGUACAUCAAAAGAAUUGCGCAGCAGCAUAACGGUAAAUUGUCUUUAAAGGACAGAUAUCAGUCUGGCUACUGGUAAGGUUUUUUUUAUGAAAAGAAACCUAUCAAAAGGCUAACUUUGUGCCUUCGCUUUUGCCAUAACAUAUUCCAGGGAGGAGAGAACGAAAAUGAUCGCAAGCCUUGGAAUUUCCAGGAUGGACAAUAUGGUGUUUUUGACGAUAAUUUGUUAUACACAUGUGCGGGUUAAUAAAUUUAUUAAUAUUCGAUUUUCCACCGUUAUAUAAUAAACGAAAAUUGUGAAUGACUUAUCAAAUAGAAAGAAGUCAUAUUAAUAUAUCUUUCGUCAUGAAUAUCUUUUUGAUAUA